CGACGGAGUGUUGAUUGCUUGCCCGCCACAUGGAUUACGAAAGUGAAAAAGUUCUGAAAUUCAUCUUUCCCGAUGAUUACGAAGAACUCACCAACCAGGAGGACGCGGCGGCAACGACGGAGGUGCUGGACUACCUUCUCAAGCUCGGCACGUACAAAGCGGAGGAACUGAAAAAGGAACGGGUGCGGCUGCAGGACGAGCACCGCCAGAACGUGGAGCAAACGCAAGAGCUGGCCAUCGCGCACUAUCCGACCUUCAUCCGGACGGCGGAAAGUUCGCGUGAAAUUUACCGACAGUUUACCGACACCGAGCGGAAGCUCGAUUGUCUCGACGAGAAGUGGCCUCGUUUCAUAACGGCCUGCCAGACGUUCUUGCAGGGUUCGGCCGACAUCAAUGCGGCUCGCCGGCUUAACUCGCUCACGCUGCGUCGCAACGCGGAGCUGCUUGAAAUUCUCGAACUGCCGCAGCUGAUGGACGGCUGCAUCCGGGAGGGCAAGUACGAGGAGGCCCUAGAACUGUCGGCCUACGUGCAGCGAUUGGCUUCGAAACACGGGAACAUUCCGAUUAUCGCGAGUAUCAGCGAAGCAGUUGAAGGCGCUUGGCACACGAUGCUGAUGCAGCUGUUGGCGCAACUUCGAACCGACCUGCAACUUCCAAAGUGUCUCCAGGUGGUGGGCUAUUUGCGCCGGAUGCAGGCUUUUUCGCCGGCCGAACUCAAGCUAAAGUUUCUGCAAACCCGAACCGGCUGGCUGCGUGAGCUGCUCGUUGCCAUCCCGGCGGAGGACGCCCAGCACCAUCUGACGAAAACGAUCGAAGCAACCCGUGUCCAGCUGUUCAACAUCAUCACACAGUACCGGGCCAUCUUUCCCGAAGAUGACGACGGCGACGGAGCGGCCGCUGGUAGCGACGCGGCGGAACGCGGACGGAUGGCGAGCGAUGAAGGCAAAGUGUUCCACAGUUGGCUGCACGACCAGAUCGCAGAGUUUGUCCGAACGCUCGAAAAGGACCUCAGCUCGGGCGAGAUCACCUCGUUCGAUACGAUCCUCGGCCAGUGCAUGUACUUUGGGCUUUCGUUCAGUCGCGUUGGCAUCGACUUUCGGGCGCUCGUUGCUCCGGUUUUCGUGCGCGUCAUCGGUGGGCGCUUCCGGGCGGCGGUCGCUACGAUUACGGCGCAGUUUGCGGCAGAUAUUGAACGGUACACGCUCAUCAACCGCGUGCCGAGUAUGAUUCGACGGCUGGUGGCAACACUCCCGCUCGAUGAUGCGGCCGGCGUUCAGCCACCGGAAACGCUUCUCGACUUCGAACCGCUGGCCGUAUACUGCAAUGCGCUGCUCGCCGUGUUUAACGAGCUUCGACUGUGUUCACCCGUGGCGCUGGCCACAACCGUUUCUGGCGCGCUGGAAGACUCGCUGGAACGUGUCGCGCGUUCCAUACUGGACCUGUACCGACAGGAGCAGCAAGCGUUUUCACCGACCGAACGGGAGUGCUUCGUGCGAUUGUGCACCUGCUUUGCGUAUGACCUGCUGCCGUACCUGCAGCGCUGUGUCCACGUCAUCUUUCCACCUUCGCUGCUGGCCAGCCAGCUCGGAAUCAAUGUAUUAACGCUGCAAAAGCACGGCCUAACGUAUCUUGCGAACAGCCGCAUUCUGCAACCGAUCGCGUACCUCUUGCCGGAUCGAAUCGAUACCGUCAUCAAGUUGCAGCAGCAAUCGAUGAUCGACGACACGUUAACGAAAGCGUCCACAGGCGAAGCGAAAGAAAAGGAUGCACCGCUUAUCGGUGGCCUUCCGCCGGCUGACGAUGCCCCAGCGGAAAAGCCAUUACCCGAAACGUAGAAUAGCGACGAUGUAGAGAACCGAACCGUGUAAA